AUGGGACAGCUCGCCGUUCCCGAAGAGGCGGCCAGCUCGCUCAGCACGCUCGCGAGCCAACGCGUGGCUGUGUGCAUGGUCGGCGCGGUGCGCACGCUCCUCCUCGGCGCGGUCCACCAUUCGGUCAAGAAGAACCUCCUCCACGCUCAGCUUGUGCCGGCCGAUCUCUUCCUGCACCUCCACCUGGGGUGGGAUUACACGGCCCAUGCCGGCAACCACGGUGCGCGUGGCGAGCAGGUUUCGCGGUCCGACGAGCGCUUGAGGAAGGCGAUCGAGCACCUCAAUCCCGUGAACGUGUCGCUGGUUGAGCAGAGCGACUGCAGCAGCGCGGAGAUGAGGUCGCUGAAAGUGUGCGCGGAGAUCGCGGCGAGAAAGCGGUCCGACAAGGGCGGCGCGCUUGCCGGGUACCUGCAAUACAUGUGGAUCGCGCGCAGCCUACAGACCGUCAUGGCCUACGAGCGUGCGCACGGCCUCACCUAUGCAUGGGUGAUCCGCACGCGACCCGACCUCGCCUUUUUCGACCGCGUGCCACCGGCGGUCACCAUGUCGCCGCGCCGCAUGGUCCUGAUGGAGAAGGAGUCGAGCCCAGCCUACUUCGACGCCUUCUUCAUGAUCCCGCGCCCGCUGCUGGACGACUUUGUCGACGGCCUCCUCGCCUUUUGGGACUCGGAGACCACGCUGCCGUGGCCUCCCGAGUUUCGCUUUUUCCCAUGGAUGCGUUCACGACGGCGCUUCCCGUGGGGCUACGCACUCAUCCCCGCGGCGCUGGUGCGAUCCGCCGGCGGCAACACGGGCUCGCCCGACUGCUGGCGCCUCUCGCUCAAGGAGACGCCGCAGUUCAUUUACGAGCUGCAGGGCACGGCUUGGGGGCGCGGAUCAACGGGUGAGCUCCUGCCGUUCAGGCGCGCGUGCGAGGUCUUCUUCGCGUCACUCUGGGGGAGCGUCGUCUCGCACCCGACAGCGCCGGCUCCAGUGCCGCGGAGGCCGUACUCGGGCCACAACCCUACGAUUCUUGAGGAGUUCGCUGUCGGCGAGCUCGCAUCGGUCGGGCUAGGGCUCUCUAGCCCGUAA